UUAAAUUUCGAGAAUUCGGGGAAAAUAUAAGAGAACACACGAAUGGGGGAGAGUGCGGGUUUCGGCGCGAUUUACAAGGAGUACGUCGCGGGUAUGCUGGCGGGAGUUGCUACUGUCAUCGUUGGUCAUCCCUUUGACACUGUCAAGGUGAAGCUUCAAAAACACAACACAGAAGCUAAUGGGAUGAAAUACAAGAAUGGUUUGGACUGUACUGCAAGAAUAUUGAAGAUUGAAGGAGUGAAAGGUCUAUAUCGUGGUGCAACAUCAUCUUUUGUUGGAAUGGCCUUUGAAAGCUCACUUGCAUUUGGAAUAUAUUCCCAGACAAAACAUUUACUGCAGGGAAAUAUAAAGAGUGAAAAGCCCCAACCUCUUGCAAUAGUUCCUUCAGCGGCUUUUGCUGGAGCUGUUAUUAGUUUUAUACUCUGCCCAUCUGAACUGGUGAAAUGUAGGAUGCAAGUUCAGGGUGCCGACUCAGUCACCCCUAGCUCCACUAGAUACAGUAGUCCUAUUGAUUGUGCUCGUGAAACUAUUAAAUCUGAAGGGCUUGCAGGCAUAUUUCGAGGAGGCGGUGCUACGCUGCUAAGAGAAUCUCUUGGAAAUGCUGUCUUCUUUAGCACGUAUGAGCAUGUGCGAUAUUACAUGCAUCUACCGCUGAGAGAUUAUACCUCUAAUCUAUCCUAUUUUAUUGAUGUAGGAGUUGGGAUUGUUAGUGGUGGCGUUGGUGGGAUAGCGUGUUGGUCUGCUGUUCUACCAAUAGAUGUCGCAAAGACCAUAAUUCAGACAUCACCUGAUAAAAACCAUACAAGAAAUCCAUUUCAGAUCCUACAAUCGAUUUACAGGAGAUCUGGAAUUAGAGGUUGCUAUACAGGUCUUGGUCCGACAAUAGUUAGAGCUUUUCCUGCAAAUGCUGCUGCCAUUGUCACAUGGGAACUGGCUAUGAAAGUGUUAGGGAUCAAGCGUGAUUGAGCUAGGCCGAUGGCGUUUAUGCAGACUUUCUUGAGAUCACUGCAAAGAGAUUGUGUAAUUGUUGGAUGCCAUUUUGGUGAUUACAUUUUGGACAUGAAGCACAAUUGUGCCUUGACUGAUCCAUAUAUAUUUUUUUUGACUGA